AUGAGCGAGCAUAUGGCUGUGCGGCGUGAAUGUCAAUACAACAGUGACUGUCCCGGCAGUACAACAGUGACUGUCCCCGGCAGUACAGCAGUGACUGUCCCCGGCAGUAAAGCAGUGACUGUCCCCGGUAGUAAAGCAGUGACUGUCCCCGGCAGUACAACAGUGACUGUCCCCGGCAGUACAGCAGUGACUGUCCCCUGCAGUACAGCAGUGACUGUCCCCGGCAGUAAAGCAGUGGCUGUCCUCGGCAGUACAGCAGUGACUGUCCCCGGCAGUACAACAGUGACUGUCCCCGGCAGUACAACAGUGACUGUCCCCAGCAGUAAAGCAGUGACUGUCCCCGGCAGCACAACAGUGACUGUCCUGGGCAGUACAACAGUGACUGUCCCCGGCAGUAAAGCAGUGACUGUCCCCGGCAGUAAAGCAGUGACUGUCCCCGGCAGUACAACAGUGACUGUCCCCGGCAGUACAAUAGUGACUGUCCCCGGCAGUACAACAGUGACUGUCCCCGGCAGUACGACAGUGACUGUCCUGGCCAGUACAACAGUUACUGUCCCCGGCAGUACAGCAGUGACUGUCCCCGGCAGUACUACAGUGACUGUCCCCGGCAGUAAAGCAGUGACUGUCCCCGGCAGUACAACAGUGACUGUCCCCGGCAGUAAAGCAGUGACUGUCCCCGGCAGUACAACAGUGACUGUCCUGGGCAGUACAACAGUUACUGUCCCCGGCAGUACAGCAGUGACUGUCCCCGGCAGUACUACAGUGACUGUCCCCGGCAGUAAAGCAGUGACUGUCCCCGGCAGUACAACAGUGACUGUCCCCGGCAGUAAAGCAGUGACUGUCCCCGGCAGUACAACAGUGACUGUCCCCGGCAGCACAACAGUGACUGUCCUGGGCAGCACAACAGUGACUGUCCCCGGCAGUAAAGCAGUGACUGUCCCCGGCAGUACAACAGUGACUGUCCCCGGCAGCACAACAGUGACUGUCCUGGGCAGUACAACAGUGACAGUCCCCGGCAGUACAACAGUGACAGUCCCCGGCAGGACUGGAGCGGUCUGA